AAUGAUCUCAUUUACAGGUGUAUUUAAAUAAAAGUUUCAUUCCUAAACAAUCAGUAGUGAAUCUUAGACCACCAGAGAAUCACUAACUUCAUUUUUCAAAUUCUAUUAAAUAAAAAUACCGAAAUCAUGAGCGGAAGGGCAAACUCAUUAUUCUCGAAAGAAAAGGAAGUGACAGUUGACUUCAUUCGACACGAAACUGGAUACUUUAUGAAUGUUGAAGAAAAACCUACUACUGAGGGAUCACAAGCAAAUUCUCCAAGCAAGGAUCAAAAGAAAGGACAUACUUGUCAAAAACAACAGAUUGUAGUUCCUGAAGUUCCAAAAUGUGAAGCACCAAAAGCAGCGCCUAAAUGUGAAUCACCAAAACCAGCACCUAAAUGUGAGGCACCAAAACCAGCACCUAAAUGUGAGGCACCAAAGCCAGCUCCUAAAUGUGAGGCACCAAAGCCAGCGCCUAAAUGUGAGGCACCAAAACCAGCACCUAAACAAGAACCCCAACCAGCUCCUAAAUGUGAAGCACCAAAGCCAGCACCUCAAGAACCAAUUUGCUGCCAAAAACAGGAGAUUGUUGUUCCUGAAGUUCCUAAGUGCGAGCCUAAACAAGCACCUCAACCAGCUCCUAAAUGUGAAGCCAAACCAGCGCCGAAAUGUGAAGCACCUCAACCAGCACCUAAAUGUGAAGCACCAAAACAAGAACCCCAACCAGCUCCUAAAUGUGAAGCACCAAAGCCAGCACCUCAAGAACCAAUUUGCUGCCAAAAACAGGAGAUUGUUGUUCCUGAAGUUCCCAAGUGCGAACCUAAGCCAGCUCCUAAAUGUGAGGCACCAAAACCAGCGCCUAAAUGUGAAGCACCAAAGCCAGCGCCUAAAUGUGAGGCACCAAAACCAGCACCUAAACAAGAACCCCAACCAGCUCCUAAAUGUGAAGCACCAAAGCCAGCACCUCAAGAACCAAUUUGCUGCCAAAAACAAGAGAUUGUUGUUCCUGAAGUGCCAAAAUGUGAAGCACCAAAACAAGAGCCACAACCCGCUCCAAAAUGUGAAGCACCAAAACCAGCACCACAAGAACCAAUUUGCUGCCAAAAGCAAGAAAUUGUUGUACCUGAAGUUCCCAAGUGCGAACCUAAGCCAGCUCCAAAAUGUGAAGCACCAAAACAAGAACCACAACCAGCUCCUAAAUGUGAGGCACCAAAACCAGAGCCUAAAUGUGAAGCACCAAAACCAGCACCCCAAGAGCCAAUUUGCUGCCAAAAGCAAGAAAUUGUUGUACCUGAAGUUCCCAAGUGUGAACCUAAGCCAGCUCCUAAAUGCGAAGCACCAAAACAAGAACCACAACCAGCUCCUAAAUGUGAAGCACCAAAGCCAGCACCCCAAGAACCAAUUUGCUGCCAAAAACAAGAGAUUGUUGUACCUGAAGUUCCCAAGUGCGAACCUAAGCCAGCUCCUAAAUGUGAAGCUAAACCAGCGCCAAAAUGUGAAGCACCAAAACCAGCACCUAAAUGCGAAGCACCAAAACCAGAGCCUCAACAACCAACUUGCUGCCUAAAGCAAGAGACUGUAAUGCCUAAAUGUUAUGUUAAGCCAGAACCUAAGCAGGAGCAUAAAUGUAAAUCCGCAGCAGAGCCAAAGACGGAAUCUCCGAUUGAAAACAACGAUAACAAGGAAAAAACCGAAGAAGAAGCUAAACCAAGUACCACCGAAAAUGCCAAUGAAUCAGAUGGACUAAUUGCUGGUAUUUUAAAUUCAGCAAGAGGUGUUUAUGAGGAAAUUAUCGAAGACGUGAGAGAUGUUCUAAAUGCUUCAGGAUCAGAUGAUGAAAAGGAAACUGAAAAGGAGAAACCAGAAAAAAAGAAGAAGGAGGAAAAGAAGGAGACUAAAAAGGAGAAACCAGAAGAAAAGAAGGAGGAAAAGAAGGAGACUAAAAAGGAAAAAGCAGAAGAAAAGAAGGAGACUGAAAAGGAGAAAGAACAAGAAAAAAAGGACGAAAAGAAAGAAACUGAAACUAAGGAAUCAAAAGACAGUUUCUUCAAGGGAGUAAUGAAAGUUGUCAAACAUGCAUACGGAGAAGUAACUGACGAUGCAAAAAUGAUAAUUGAAGACAUUAAAUUCGACUUGGGUUUGGAAAAGGAAGAUGACAAAAAGUCCACAUCAGACAAAGUUGAGGGCAAGAAAGUAGAUUCAGAAGAAGCAGUUAUUCCGAAAGCUUCAUCUCCAGCCUCUUCAAAAUCAUCUCCCUCGAAAUCAAAGAAACAUUAAAAUGCUGUGAAGAAAACAUCAAACAAAAAUCAAGGAGAAACUUUCAAAGUAACCCAAAUUGCAAAAUGCUGUUAAAUUUCUACUGAAAUAACAAAAGAUGAUUAGAAUCAGGAAUAAAAUUUAAUUCUAAAUUAUGGAAACAUUUUAUAAAUAUUGUACUAAUUACUUCUUAAAUAAAGAACUUCUUGAUUAAAUGGCA